AUGGAAGGAGGACCACCAGGGCCAUCCCAAGCGAUCCCGGUUUCCGGAGACGCGUACUGCAACAGCUCCGCUGCGCCCGUGGACGCUGCUGGCAGCAGCUCGCCGGCCGUCGCGAAGCUCCGGAAGCUGCUGUUCCGGCGGAUGCUCAUCGGCGUCAACGACGGCCGCUACUUCCACGGCCUGUUCCACUGCAUCGACAAGCAGGGCAACAUCAUCCUCCAGGACGCCGUGGAGUACCGCAGCGCCGCCCGCCAUUGCUCGCCUCCCACGGAGCAGCGCUGCCUGGGGCUCAUCCUCAUCCCGGCCGCCUGCCGGUCGUCUUGCCAGGUCUCGCUGAGACUUAGUUUGCAGCCAAUUGCCCAAUUCUGUUAUCUGAGAGAGGCCCUGCAUGUCUUUUUGGUUGUACUCAUUGACAUCUUUGAAGAAAAUUGUUUAUUUGAAAACUUUUACCAUGGUCAUUUCACAGUGCGUUUGGCAACUAUUGGGCCAUUGGUGGAGUUUCUAGAGCUACAGUUAUCAACAAAAACAGGAGUUCAGAAGAGUGCAUAUCAACAGAAAUUACAAAUUGUUGAACUUGUGAAAUCUGGGACUGCAACACUAGAAGCAAGAGCCUCGUAA